ACAACACAACCUGCCCCUCUACUGACCCGCUCUUCCUGAUUCUUAUUCCUUAGUCUAUGCUCUAAAUCGGACUCUUUCCUGCCCCAAAUCUGGCAUCAGCCCAUUUUGCACGUCCCAGAUCCACGAUCCCAUCCCAUAGCGGCUGUGAUCCCGGGGGCUGCACAGCAAGCGUCGCCCACAUGGUGGUGCUGACCUGACCGCGAGUGGUGCCUGCUAGUCUGCUAAUUCGCGGCUAGUCUGCUAGCCCUGGACUGGACUCGAGUGGAUGGAUUGCUGUUGCUGCAAGAAAAGUCUUGGAGAUCUCUGAGGAUGUUCUUCCUUAAGCUUAUAAGACUUAUGCGCUAGCUGUGCCCCCCUGUCCCUCUCUCCUGUGAAAGUCUGAAAGAGAGCUCCUCACCCCUCCACCCUUCGUCCCUUGUCCCAGUCCAUAGUGUCCCGCCGCUGUGAAUCCAGCAUUUCCCACGCCGCCCGCGUCCAGCCAGAAGCGCCUCCCAUGCCCAAUAAGCUACAUAUUGAACUCCUCCCCGGCGCCCGCCCAUACGGCAUACAGAUCGCCGCUCCACAUUCUUUCUCAACCCAGGUUGAACCUCGACGCCGACAAACUUUGUGGCUAUUGGGUUUGGAGACGACGACCCUGAAGAGUUUGACUUGACUUGCUCGUUGAAACGAACGUUGGUUCAAAACUCGAGGAAGGAGGAGAGAGAAAUCACGAGAAAGUGAUAUAGUGUAUACUGUAUCCCGUAUGCAAUAUACAGCCAAAUACCUGGACUUCCACCAGAUCAUCACCUUGCGUCUGUCCGUCCGCUUUGGGGGUUGGCUUUGUUGCAAUUCCACUACGCCAUUGUCCUUCAGUACCUGCUUCACCCGUACCACGUUCCUCGAUUCGACGCCUUCACCUCACCCAACAACCACUAUCCAGAAGGCUCGGAAAUUGUAGCAAAGCAACUUCAUAACGCUCAAGUCGCCGUGCUCUUGGAUCAUGGAGACCCAGAGCUUCACAGCUCGUCGGUCAGCAGCUUCCAAUCUUCCUACUUUCCAACUCCCGCCACCAGACCAUCUCUCUGGAAUGCAAAAGUAUCCGGCCUAUGCCCCAAGCAGCGCAGCGCAACAUCCACCUGUCAGUAGCGUUCUUACACCUCCAGCAACUCUUCCCAACGACAACAGUCCAUUAUCGAGUCUGAAUAGCGGCAGUUCUGGGAGCUCAGCAGGCGGCGUUCCUCCAUAUCAAUCUCAGUCGAUGGGAUAUUGGCCAUCACCCCAAGCUCAGAAUACCUCCUACACUUACAGCUCCGCGCCUCCAAUGGUCGCGCCUUAUGCACAGCAGCAGCAGCAACAACAGAAUUAUAUGAAUGGUCGACCGCUGUAUUCUCCAUCCAUGAAUUUCCAAAACCGAAGCACCAACUCUCCAGCAUCUGGCGAUGGCCUCCCACCUCCGCCAUACGACAUCAGUCUUCCUCCAUUUCCGACAUCUAUGAGCUCUUCAGGUGGUCAGCAGCAGAACUUACCAACCCUUGCCCCUCAGCAACAUCAACAGCACCAAAACCAACAACAACAGCCACAAGCCGCGCAACCCCCACCCCAGCAAAUGAAUAACCAUGGUCUAGUCAGUCCCCAAUCAGCUUCUCAGGCGCCUAAUCAAGGUCCUCUUCACGCCCCAGAAUAUGGUGGAAGAGCGCCUCCAACACCUGGCUAUUACACACCAUCGUCAACACCCCAGCAAUCCUCUUUCCCCACCUACAACCAACACUCUCCCACUCAACAAUCACCCCCCAACUCUUCGUCAGCACCAGCUUCCCGGAUCUCUCCCGUUGCUGCAUCACAGGCUUACCAGGCCCGACCCUAUGGCGGCGGCUUCAACCUUCCUGCAAUGACUGGCCCAAUCAUGUCAAACAUCCACAACCCAGGAAGUCAAAUGGCUAUGGUAGGAGGACUGAACAUGCCUUAUGGUCAACAUCAAAUGGGCGCGCCAAUGUACGCACAUCAUCCACAACAACCAGCACAAAACGAUCGUCCUUUCAAAUGCGAUGUAUGCCCGCAACAGUUCAAUCGUAACCAUGACUUGAAGCGCCACAAGCGAAUCCACCUAUCAGUAAAGCCUUUCCCUUGUCACCAUUGUGAGAAGAGCUUCUCUCGCAAAGAUGCACUAAAGGUUCGUUCUUUAUUCUAUCUUGCAGUAAUUGGAGGCAGUGUUGUGUUCUUCGCGCGUGUACUUUUAAAGACUAGAAGCUGACUUGACCAACAGAGACAUAUUCUGGUGAAGGGUUGUGGUAAGGAGAAUAGUACCAACAGCACAAAUGGUGAAAGUCAAUCACCUGUCGAGAAAAGCGAAGUCAUGAGCGAUUCGACAGAGGGACACGGCUCAGAAGUGAAAAAGGAGUUGAGAUGAUUUCCAUUAACUUUUACGACUCCAAUCUUCACGCGUUAACGUAUAUGGGACUCAACAUCUGUUCUUUUCUUCUUUCAUGAAUAGGUUUCCAGGACGGUGGGCGUACUGAACGGUGUAAUAAAAAAGGGCUACCCGGUCAAAUUUUCGGAAAUGCGGUUUGGCGUUGAGGGUAGGAUGAGUUUCCAGGGUUUCGCAAAACGAGUGAAAGGGAAAACAAACGGCCUGGGUGUCGAAUAUGGAUCUGGAGUUGGGGUGUGAAGCGGGGAGGCUAUUUAGUUCUUUUUCCCACAGGCGUUGUUGAUGACUUUCUUUCUUGCUUUUCUUUUUCGUUGGCAGCGGCGUAUACUUCAGCGGGGCAUUCUUGAUAAAGACUUGCUUUGGGAAACUGGAUGGAAGGGAAUACCUGCCCAUGGCGAUUGGAUGUGUGUUAUUCAUCUUUGGCUCCGCUUUGCUCGACUGGUAGUUGAGCUCAGAUAUUCGAUGACUUGAGGUUUAGAGGAUGGCCUUUGGCACCAUCAACUUUUUCUGUAUUUUUAGUUCCCAAUCAGAAGAGAGAUAAUUCUCAGCGAAUUAACCCUGCC